ACUUCUGUAAAAAGUAGUAACCCAACCUAACCUCGCGCUUAAAAUCAGUAUUAGAAAAAAUUUUUUUGGAAAAAAAAAUAAACAAAUUAUUAGACAUAAAAAAUGUCUUACAAUGUAUUUAGGGGUCGAGGAUUAUCCUCAGUUCGCAAUCAGCUGAAAGUAAAUCUAGGAUUUUCCCAUGGGUUGAAACAAGCUUCAGUAUUUAAUAAUAUUAUUGUUCGUAAUAGCUCCGAUAAAGGCUACCGGCUUGAACGUGAUACCUUUGGAGAGUUGAAAGUACCAGCGGAUAAAUAUUAUGGAGCGCAAACUUUGAGAUCUGUUAUGAAUUUUCCUAUUGGUGAUAAAUCUGAGCGUAUGCCGUACAGAGUAAUAGUCGCAAUGGGAAUCUUAAAAAAAGCAGCCGCAGAAGUAAACAAGGAGUUUGGCCUUGAUCCAAAGGUAGCCGACGCGAUAAGCAAAGCCGCUGAUGAUGUAAUAAGUGGAAAACUUUACGAAGAUCAUUUUCCACUUGUAAUCUGGCAAACAGGUUCCGGUACCCAGUCAAACAUGAAUACCAACGAAGUAAUAUCUAACCGUGCAAUAGAAAUUCUUGGUGGAGAGCUAGGCUCAAAAAAACCUGUCCACCCUAACGACCACGUCAACAUGUCUCAGAGCUCGAAUGACACUUUCCCAACAGCAAUGCACAUCGCCGUGGCCUUGGAGAUCAACCAAAUUCUGCUACCCGGGUUGACCCAGCUCCACGCAGCGCUGAAAGCCAAAGCCAACGCCUGGAAGGACAUUAUUAAGAUCGGCAGAACUCACACCCAGGACGCGGUCCCGUUGACUUUGGGCCAGGAGUUCUCGGCUUACGCGACUCAAGUUGAGUACGGAAUCGCCAGAGUCAAGGACACUUUGCCGAGACUGUAUCAACUGGCUCUGGGAGGUACUGCCGUAGGUACUGGGCUGAAUACCAGGAAAGGAUUCGCUGAGAAGACAGCCGCUAGAAUAGCUUCGCUUACUGGCUAUCCGUUUGUCACAGCGCCGAACAAAUUUGAGGCUCUUGCUGCUCAUGACGCUAUCGUGGAAGUUCACGGUGCUUUGAAUACUGUUGCAGUCUCUAUCAUGAAGAUUGCCAAUGACAUCAGAUUCCUAGGAAGUGGGCCCCGCUGUGGACUCGGCGAAUUGUCGCUCCCAGAAAACGAACCAGGAAGCUCCAUUAUGCCUGGAAAAGUCAACCCGACUCAGUGUGAAGCUAUUACAAUGGUCUGUGCUCAAGUAAUGGGCAACCACGUCGCUACAACAAUCGGUGGUAGCAAUGGCCACUUUGAACUUAAUGUUUUCAAACCUGUUAUGGUUGCCAAUACUCUCAGAUCUGCUAGACUUCUUGGAGACUCCGCAGCAGCGUUUACUAAAAACUGCGUCGUUGGUAUUGAGCCGAAUAUUGACAAUAUCAAGAAAAUCAUGAACGAAAGUUUGAUGUUAGUCACUGCUCUUAAUCCACAUAUUGGAUACGACAAGGCCGCUGCAAUUGCUAAACAAGCGCACAAGCAAAAAUUAACGCUAAAAGAAUCAGCACUAAAGAACGGUCUUACUGAAGAACAAUUCAACCAAUGGGUUCGACCGGAACAAAUGUUGGGACCUAAGUAAAUUAAUCUAACUACCGUACAUAUUAUGUAAUUACUAAUUAUAAUUAAAGAGAAUGUUUGCGUAUGAUUUUUAUAAAA